GUUAUACCAUCAUGGCGCCCUCCGUCACGAAAGCUGAAGCUCCAACGGAACCUAGUGAUAUAGCGUCGCAAGAACAACGAGUGACGCUUCCGUCCUUCACCGCCGAUACCGCAUGGGAGAUCGGCGUUCUUUUACGGGAACGGCUGGUUAAGGCGACGCAGACGCCGGUGGUCAUCUCGAUCGCGACCGCCAACGGCUCGCAUCUGCUCUUCCACUGCGCGACCCACCCGGGCACGGCGCCGGACAACGACCACUGGGUCGCGCGGAAGCGCAACACGGUCCUGCGCUUCGGGUGCAGCACGUGGUACAUGCACAACAAGUUCAAGGGCGACGAGGACGCGUUCGCGCGUAAGUACGGAUUGGGGGAAAGGGCGGGAGAGUACGCGAUCCAUGGCGGCGGGGUGCCGAUCAGGGUAAAGGGCGUGGAGGGUGUCGUCGGGGUGGUCGUCGUGAGCGGUCUCGCGCAGAACGAGGACCAUCAGGUCGUUAUCGAGUGUCUGGACGAUUACCUGUCGGCGUAGGGACACCGUUCAUGAUUGCGCUGCAGUGGAAACUAGGUCUCGAUUUACAUGUGCAUAACAUAUCAAUCCUGCGCGUCCUUUCUACGAACUUGGUCGUCGCGGUUGCCUAUAUGUGCC